AUGGGCUUGAUAGGAGAAAUACUGGUCUGGCAUGAAACCCAUCUGGAUAUGAUUCUCGUUCCAGCAGGGUUGCUCAUGUUCGCUGUAUACAAUGGUUGUCUGCUUCACACAAUUCUCACCCAUCCCCACACCACCUUCAUCGGCAUCAAUGCAAUCCAUAGGCGGGCGUGGGUCGAGGCCAUCACGAAGGAGGGAAUGAAGCAGGGAAUACUGGCAGUGCAGACAAUACGGAAUGGCAUGAUGGCGGCCACACUUAUGGCCUCCACCACCAUAGUGCUGUGUUCUGUCAUCGGAUUACUGUUGGGUGCGAGAUUGGGUGGCUCUCUGAGUGAAUUCACUUUAUAUGGAAUGAGUGGAUCCCUCACAUCUUGUGUUAAGUGCAUGAUGCUCUUGCUCUCUCUCCUCGCUGCUUUUCUUUGCCAUGUGCAAUGCGUGCAUUAUUACAGUCAUGUUAGUUUUCUCAUCACCAUACCUCCUGCAACUCCAGAGAUGCAGAACGCUCAUGUGGAAUAUGUGAGCAGAGCAUUCAACAAAGGGGCUCAUUUCUGGUCAGUGGGAUUGAUAGCAUUUAACCUCUCGCUGGCUCUGUUUAUGUGGAACUUCGGACCCAUUCCCAUGUUCGUAUCGUCGUGCCUCUUGCUCUUAUUUCAGCACUCUCUCGACAGGCCAAUCACAAAUUUGGGUGUAAAUUACCCAAAUUACCCGGAACAGAAGGAGAGAGCCAGGAGUUUGUCAGAAUUGAUGGGCAUACCAAGAGGUUUCUUGUAA